GUUGAACGUGUUGUACUUGCAACGAGCCCCUCCAACAUUGCUUUGUGUUAACAAUUGUGCGGAUACAAUCCGUUGCCGGCUGCACUUGAAUUUGCAUCGAUUGUGUAUCGACCGAGCUGGAUGGCGAGAUGCCCUCUAUGCACCUCCCGCGAAUAACACGAGCGAUUUGCACUCCUCUCAUUUCGCACGGAGUGCCGCGGUGAAAUUCAUUUAAUUUCGGUCACUUUUCGUUCGGUUUCCCCCCACCAAGUUGCCGCGUGUAUCGUGCGCGUAUUGUCUGGUAUCGUCUUGGAGCCUGGCGGAUACAAUCUCCUUUUGUGCGAAUUCGACCGCGACGUAAUCAGCGAUCACGCAAUUGCGCUUACGAGGCUGACCAGGUAUCUAGUUGCAGCUGGUGGUAUUUGUUAGGUUAGGACACGACCGCUAGAGGAUGCAUCGUUCUGGAAAAUCGCCCGGUGAAAGUGCGCGCCGUUGGGAAUUCCGACAAAGCGAAGGCCGGCGCCGCCACUACUCUCAAACGCCAUGAAGUGAGUGGCGUUCCAGGAAACGUCCCGUGAUAAGAUUCGCAAGAGGUAUCGACGGCGACGGCUUUUCCCUAGGUACCGAUUUUCGAUAUACGAGCUCUUGAAGUUAAACAAAGAAGAGCGAAAGAAAAAAGAGAAUAGAUCCUGUAGAGUACUGUAUAUUUCAUCAAACAAAUCAAUCACAGCUAUUAUGGCAGAGGACGAAGGUACUGAGUGGCUUCAGGAGUUGCUGCACGAUGUUCAACUUCCCCAGUUUUUCACGAGGAUCCGGGAUGAUCUGCAGGUCACUCGCUUACAUCACUUUGAUUAUGUUCAGCCUGAGGAUCUAGAAAAGAUUGGCCUUGGCAAGCCUGGCAUCAGGCGUCUAUUGGAUGUAGUCAAAAAGAGACGGAGCACCCAAUGGAAAAAAACUCUGAUCACUAAGAUCAGGCCUGGUGGCAGUACUAAAAGCAACAAGCGAUCCUCACAGCCCAUUGAGACUUCUUCAGUGCUGACGUGUCUGAUACAAGAGAAAGAUGUGACUUUAUCGAUCAAAUUAGGUGAUGGCAGCUUUGGUGUAGUUAGAAGAGGUGAAUGGACCUCUCCUUCCGGACGGGUUUUCCCUGUCGCUGUAAAAGUCCUCAAAGCAGAUGCUCUCACACAGCCAAAUGUUAUAGAAGACUUUGUGUCUGAGGUACAAGCGAUGCACACUCUGGAUCAUCAUAACCUUAUUCGAUUAUACGGUGUGGUAUUGUCGCAGCCAAUGAUGAUGGUGACCGAACUUGCACCGCUGGGUGCGUUACUCGAUUAUUUGCGUCAACAAUGCAGUAGAAUUUCAGUUCUCACACUCUGUAACUAUGCGUUACAAGUUGCCACAGGUAUGGCAUACCUAGAAGCGAAACGUUUUCUACAUCGCGACCUGGCGUGUAGAAACGUUCUGUUGAGCACAGUCGACAAAAUCAAAAUCGGAGAUUUUGGGUUGAUGAGAGCGCUUCCUCAGCAAGAAGAUUGUUACGUCAUGACUGAACAUAAGAAGGUGCCUUUCCCUUGGUGUGCGCCUGAAUCUCUCAAAGCUCGGCAGUUCAGCCAUGCGUCGGACGUGUGGAUGUUUGGUGUAACGUUGUGGGAAAUGCUGACCUUCGGGGAAGAACCUUGGUUAGGUUUGAACGGUUCCGAAAUAUUGCGGAAGAUCGACCGGGAAGGUGAGCGGCUUCACGAGCCGGAAGCGACGCCACCAUUUGUGUAUGAGUUGAUGCUUCGUUGCUGGUCGAGAGAACCUUCUGAGAGGCCGACAUUCGGAUCAUUGAAGGAAUCGUUGACCGGCAUGAUGCCGGCCGUGAUGAAGGCCGUUAAUGCCUUCGAGGAAGCCGGCAAGAUGUCUAUUGAGUCGGGCGAUCAGAUCGUCAUCAUCGAUGGACGUUCGGAAAACUAUUGGUGGAAAGGCCAAAACCAGCGAACUUUCCAAGUGGCGCAUUUCCCACGCUGCCUGGUGGAUCCGAUGCGCCGGAAACAACCGGAGGACAUCAGCAAACCAUUAGAGAAUUCAUUCAUCCACACAGGCCAUGGGGCGCCAUUCGGCAAGAGCUGGGGUAGUCCUUCGUUCAUUGAUGAUGUGUACCUGAGAAAUCCUAUGGAUCCUCCAGACAUAUUGGUAGCAACUUCAACAGCGGAGAACCAGUUGAAGAAGCGGUUCUCAUACGGUACGCAACGUGCUAGGAAGCAGUUCAAUUACACCAAACUACGCAACGAUGCUAGAUCGAGCCCUAUUAAGGUUUCUCAGACGGCAUCCACCUCGGCAAACAGCCAAGAAGGCUCUUUGAUUGAUUUGUCCGCCGAGGAGCUGGCGAAUACAAGCACCCUCGAGCAGGACGUCGCGUGUAGACGAGUGAUUAAUAUUCUGGACGAGCCGAUAGACGUCGAAAGAUUCCCCUGGCAGAAUGAAAAAGGCGCUAGGACGUACGCCAAUUUUCCCAACGUGGAUUCCGCGUACUCCGACCCCUUCGACACGUCCGCGGUGUUCAUGAAGCCUCCGCACUCGCGUUACUACAGUCAUGUGCCCGCCGAUACUAAUCGUUAUCUGCAGAGGCAGACGUACAGCAACGUGGACGGCCAAGAGGCUUCAGGCAGUCAAGGCGCUGCAAACUGUUUCGUCGCUAGUUCUAGCAGUGAGGAGAUCCGCCAGUACUCGAUGAAUUUGAACAAAGACAGUCAGCAAGACACGGUAAAUUUGAAUGUGAACGUGGAGAAUGAUGAGGGCGCAAGUCACUAUAGUGAGAUAGACAAGGCCAGUCCGAAUUGGUCUACGUGGCCGGAGGACCUACGGAACUCCGCCAGUGCACAGACGUAUGCCAACGUCUCUGUCAGCGGGGUUUCAUCGCUUUCGUCGCUCGUCACAGCUCCUACUCCACCUCCGCCUCCUUCCGUCGGUCCGAAUGCCAGUCCGCCGAAGCCGAAGUCCAAUUGCGAGCUCGCACAGAAUAUGAACGAACUGUCAUUGAGCUCUAAGUCUGGUGCUAUUAACGUCACGAAGAAACUGGACCCGGUCUUCUUGGCUGAGCUGGAGAAACAUCUGGGCGAGAAAGAGGCGAGCAAGAACACAAAUGCUAGCGGAGAAAGCCAGGAAGAAGCAUCCUGCGCGAAUUAUCUUCGCUACUCGUCACUGGACAAGUUGCGGCAAGGAUCACCAGCUCAGCUUUCACCAACAACGACGGAGGACACCGCCAGGUCGUCUUCUUCGUCGGUGAUACCAGCGCUGAAGCCUCCGCCGCAAGUUUCGAAACCGAAGUCGCCGGUGGCGAUGAUGGAUCAUCGAGGAGCGUCCUCCUCGACGUCGACCUUACCUAGCAAGGUACAGAAUUCCCGGCAGCCGAAAAGCACGAACGUCCAACGACCACCCGUCCAGCAAAGUGAUCAACGCGUAGAAUCGACCACCGAUGCGAUAGUAGGACAAAUCUGGCAACAGACGCAGAUUUUGUCUCAACAGAAUGUUUGCCCAACUGAUUUAGGUGCUGGUCGUCAAAUGUUGACGCCCGUUGCGGCUCAGGCGAGCAUGAAUCUGCUGCAAGAAGCCAGCGAUCCUUCUAGUAAUAGUGCCAAUGAAAUUCGACAUGGUCCUUGCAAUGUUGCCAAGGCCACGUUCAAUCAGGCGCAAGCUUGCUCGUCGAGCACUCCGAAUUACCUCUCUACAAAUUUAAGUUCGUCGAGCGCUGGUCAAGAUAACUUCAACCUGUUGCAGAUUGUCACCGGUAACAUUUCUGCUAACAGUACAAAUGAAUCUCAGUACGGCAAUACAGCCAAUGUUUCCAAAGCCAACUUCAAUCCUAUACAAGUCUGUUCGUCGACCAGCCAAAAUUAUCUUCAUAACCCAUCGACAAACAUCGGCAGUUUUAACCUGCUUCAAACCACCGCCAAUCAAGUUCCCGCCGCGACAUUGAUCGAGUCUCAAUAUGGACCUUCCAAUAUUUCCAAAGCUUCUUCCAACCAGGCGCAAGCUUGCUCUUCGUUAAGUCACAACUAUUUGACAAAUGCUUCGACGACUGUUAAUCAGAGUAGCGGCUUUACUGCGCAUCAAAACUAUCCUCAGAAUGCAUCAUUGUCGUCUAACGUGAGCAACACUCAUGGGAUUACCCAUAUACAAAACGAUUUGCAGCAACAACAACAUGCAAAGUCUACUGGACUCCUGUACGAACAAGUAUACGCCGAGUUGAAGCAAAACGUACCUAAUUUAGAUCAACUGUCCCAAAACGAAUUCAAUACUCUCUACAACAAGACUGUGCAGCAGAACAUUCUCCGGAACUACUAUUCCAAUAAUCUAUGUAACGACCAGAGCCAAAGUCACGCUCAAGAAACGGCUAGCGGCCAACAGCAGAAGACUAUCGGCAGGAGUCAGCAAUCUGUUCAAGGACACUUUUGUGACUUCAGUCCUUAUCUGAAACAGCCACCAGUUUACAAUCCUCCACCUCGUUUGACGUUGAGUCCACUCAAAUCCGGUCAGAAUGGUUACAUACAGAAUCACUGUCCUACAGCAAAGUGCAACCUGAUCAGUGGGCAGCCCAAUUUAUUGCAAGUCGACACGCUAACGAGGAGUACGUCUGUACCGAUAACGACGAGCGAUGCUGCCAAGGUGAACUUGCAGGUGGUCAAUCAGCAUCAGCAGCACCCAGUCGGCACCAGUCCGCCACUCACCGCAGCCUCGCAGCAACUGGUGAUGUCGUUGAACGACGAAUUUAGGGCGAGCAGAGUCAUGAGGGUGCAGAGAGAAGCUGCGGAUGCUUCGCAGCAAGAGGUGCUAGCCGCAUUACAGGCGACCGGCUGGGACACGAAUCAAGCGGCCAAGCAGAUUAUGAGGGAUAGACAGGCGAAGGUCGAGAGUCUCGUGAGACUGGGCUUGGCUAGUCGACAACAGUGUGAAAGCGCUUUGAAGCAGACUGAAUACGACGUAGAACUGGCGGCUUCGUUAUUGCUCGAUCAGUCCAGAUGAGGAACAGCCGUGAUGAAUUCCACGUCCUAAGACUUCCUGUGACAUUAGCUAUAAAACUGCGGAAUGCGGAUAUGUAUGAUUUAUUUAUGAACAAUGGAACGCAACAAACGGAAGCCAUUUCGCUCGUAUGAGUGAAGCUCUGCCAGUAAUCAUUCGUUAAUGAUAAAUCGCUUCUUCGGCGAACUUUGCAUUCCAAUCUUCAUUACAAUUUAGCACUAAUAAUAAAUCAAUAUCCGCUAUUUAAAUAAGAAUAAAGCAGCUGUUAUACGCAUAAUAAUCUAUAGGCGAUAUUGGUGAGGAGAUAUUGUCAGUGUUACAUCACUUGUAAGACAUAAUUAACGUAAAUCUGAAACUGUGAUAUGUGAUAUGUUGAUCUCUAUCUGGAUUUACGAUUACGAUCCUAUUAAUGGAUUUUGUUAGCACUGUUGCGAUAAAAAAGCAACAAAUUAUUUAUGAAGAAGGAUAGUAGUACGAACAAAAAGAAAUUUUGAGAUUAAUAAGUAAUAUAUAUAUAGCGGAUAUUUGCGAUAUAAUGUGAUAUACCAGUAUGUAUAAACACAUAUAUCGCAUAUGAUAUAAAUAGAUUUUAUGUAUGUACGUAUGUACGUAUACAAUGUAUAUGUACCGUGCAAAAAUAUAAAAUUCCCAAAAACUUAGAAUUCAAGCAUCUUCGAUCGUGAAAGUGCAAGAGAAGAUCAAGAGAGUUAAAGAGUUAAAAAUUCUAAAAACAUAAUUGAAGAAACCAAGAAUUUCAUAAUAUGAAAAUUAAAAGUUACUACUAAUUCGAAGUUACAGAAUUUAAGAGUAUACAAAGAUCUAAAACGCCUAGGAUCUAAGGGUUUCUUAGAACUGAAAAUUUAAUGCUUUAAAUGCGAUAGGAAUAUAUUUAAAAAUCCAAGGUUAUAUAAGACUAUACGAGCCAGAGACGAAAAAUAGUUAAAUAGUUAUUGUCAUUAAUGAUGAAUGAAACUAUAUCGAACAAUGUGUGAGAAAAAAGGCCACACAAGUGUGAUGUCACCGUAAGUCCAGGUAAGGAUUAGGAGAUUUCAACUGUAUUAUCUUGACAUAUAUAUAGUUUUCGCUUCCUAUAUUUCUCGAGAGAUAUUGAAAAACGAGGAAGAGAGAGGAGAGAGAAAGAGUUAUUUUAUUAUGUAAACUGAACGAGAGUGUAUAUAAUUGUUAGCAUAAUUUUUUAGUUAAGCUUACACUCUACUUAUACUCAUUCUUUUGUCUUUAGAGCGCCUUGUUUGAACGAACAAAUAAUAUUGAUAAAUAAAAAACCAGUGGAGUUGUUGAUCUGUGUGCACACUUGAAAGAACAUGCGGAACAUAAUGAUAACACCUGAUUUCACGGUACCUGAGUCCUUGGUCCAAAUCGAAGUCUCCUGAACCUGCUAGUCUUGAAAGUGGAGCGCCGCAUCUCCGCGGCAGCGGUAGCAGUGCCUGAACGGGUCGCUUCGGUUCCGCUCGACGCAUCAUCCGUCAUGGGAUUCAAAAUGUAAUGAUUAAAGUACAUAGAUUCGCGCGCAGACGUGAAAGUCUCUUGGAGGUUUCACCGGGAGAAGAGGAGCGCAGCGUGGAAAAAGGUUUCGGCGGCCGCAGAAGCG